CAGUCGUGCUGAGAGUGGUUCCCGACCGCAGGACUAAGUGACUCGACGCCGAAGAAACUCUCAGUCGACAGUCAGGCAUCCAUCUUAAACUUAUAUCUUUUCAUGGUAUUAUUUCUUUAUGAAAAGGAAAUAGUUUACGGUAGUAGUGCACAUACUUGAUAUAGUUCAGUAAAGUAUGUGAUCUGACAUCCAAAUUAAGUCAAAAUCUACCGAAGGGUAAAGUGAAACCUGAGGAAGAAAGUGGAACCAACCCUACCAUUUUCUAUGCAGAAAAGAAAACGAGGAUGGUAAAAUAAUAAGGGGGGACUUGAGAAAUAAAACCCUCUUACCGAUUUGUGAGGUUCUCUGUAAUGUGUAAGCUCCUCUGAGAGAAUAAAGAUAAUACAGCUGAGUAUAUCUUCACAAGAUACUCUAUGAAGAACUAAGUUACGAGAAGAAGUGUGUAAGAAAACAACAGAAUGAAGAAAAACUCUACCUUCAGAUUUCCCGUCCAAGCCCACUACUUGCCUGAGGAGGUCAACUUCUGGACGAUGGCGAUCGUGGCGGUGGGCACGGGGUUCAUCCUCACCGUCGCCGUCUCCAUCUACCUCAUCUGCCAGACGCGGCUGGAGCGCCCCCUGGCCGUUCGACGCCCGCGGACGGUGAGGCACAUCAGCCAAGGUCCGGACGCCCUCCCGCUCGCCCACGCCCACACGCUGGACGACGCGGGCGCCCCUCGACACUGCUUCCAUACGCCCAUGUCCCCUUUGCAGCGCCUCGAAGAGAGGGAUUAGGGAAAUGAUGAUAAUGAGGGAAAUGAAAGGGAAGAGAAAAUGAAGAUGAAAGGGUCUGCUGGUUUUCUUCUCUCUUUCUGUUUGUCUGUUUAGC